AUCAGUCUAUUCAUGUUUGAGACAACCGUAUUGGAUUCUGUUCUGGAGGCGCGCUAUAUAUGUGCUACGUUACACCUUCCGCAGUUGGAUGAUUCCUUCCUGACUUCAUUGCAAGAGACUUAAAAGGCAAUUCUUUCGUCUACCACCUUUCCAUACCUUGUCAUGACGUCCUCGGUUGUUAUAUCUCUAUUGAUAAGUUGACUCACUUAGACCAAUUCCUGAGGAAAUAGGUUUUCCUGAAUAUUCGUUUUCCAGUAGCUAAAAAACUCCGUCGCGGUAAAUCCAGUUGUCCUUCUACAGCUGUCCUUGUAUAUGAUUACUGGGCAUGCAAUUCGGUUCGUUUUAUAUUCUUCAAAGAUUGAUUUUGCAAUAAUGAGUUGGUUAUACAUAGUUAAAUCGUGCAAAAAAGAUCGCGGAGAGCAUGGUUAUCAUAAUUGUGUAAGUAGUAGAGUGGAGAAGGAAACUAGUUUUAGAGUAGUGGACAAAUCAUGCAGAAACCGUCAAGACUGGUGUGCUCGAGUUUCAGGCCAGUAUCUCUCUCCCAUCUCUGCUAAAGCCCUAUUCAAGAAACUGCACGUGGUUAUAUAUCAAGAGCCAAGAACGUCGGUUGAUCUUUUUGAUGAGCUUCCAUGUGUCUUCAAAUAUGUCAAUUAAGGGUUAGGACAUCAUUCCUCUUGGUCAUAGUCUUCCAAAUGUGACUACUAAAUGUGAAAGUUCACAUGUCAUAGGUACUUCGUGUGUUCUCUUGGCCUUUGGAACAGUCUACUAUGUCCUCCAAUUUGUCUUCAGUUGUGAAAAAAAUAGAAUAUAUGAUUGUUAAAUCAAGUUCUGUGUAUAUUACGCUGCGACCAAUCUAUCUUUUAAUCUACGCUUAAGAAAGGAAGCUUAACUUUUCAAGCGGUGUUGAGGUCGAUGUCCACAAUCCCGAGAGAAAAUAUAUGCUCGAACUGUUUGAAACAAGCUGAUGUGCAUCUUAUAUGUGUUGAAUGUGAUUGCGUACAGCUAUGUGUUGCUUGCUACUGUUACGGUGCUGAGUCUGGAAUACACAAGAAAAAUCAUGGUUAUCGAGUUUCGAGACUAAAUUUGCUGCCACACUCUAUUCUCGAGGGUUGGAGUUCUGAGGAGGAAUUGAAUCUUCUUGAAGCUUUGGAGCAGUAUGGAAUUGGAAAUUGGGAGGAUAUAGCUUUAAAAGUGGGAACUAAAAGCUCUGAAGAAUGCAUGUAUCAUUACUGUAAUCGCUAUUUGGGUGGAGUAUUUGGCCUGGAGUUGUUGAAUGAUAAUAAAUAUCCUUCUCGAAUUACAGAUCACACAAACCACGUAGUGUUAUCUCCUAUGCAACCACCACACUCAUCAUAUAUUGAUAUUGAAGAUCAACAGCUAUUGGGUUACAUGCCAAACCGUGGUGACUUUGAACGAGAUUAUGACAACGAUGCUGAGAGCAUACUAUGUAGAUUACAUCCCAGUUUUUCUCAUGAUGACCUAGAGGACGCUUUAAAAGUAGCACAAGUCAAUAUUUACAUGCAAAGGUUGCGUGAGCGUCAAAGGCGCAAAGAAAUUGCUUGUGAGCAUGCUUUGAUUCCUCAUAUUCUAGCAUUUAUUCUGAACAAACGUGUAAAAAAACGUAUCCCCGUAGUAGAAAAACACAUUAGAAAAGAAUAUAAACCUGCCAGAAGUAAACACCGUGGACGUCCGCCAUCAUUGACAAAUAUAUCACACAACAAAUUAAAUAGUAAAAUAACACCCAUGAAAAAACUAUCCAACAUUAAUGAAUCUUUGAGUAAAAGUUCAUCUAAAAAGCCUUCUCCAAGUAGUUGGCUUGCUGCUCCAUUUAUUGUUCAGUCAUCUGAAUUGAUAAAAGGUGCACCAAUUGUAGUCAAUAUCUCAUCGAAUGUUGUAAAUAAUCAAGUGCUAACCGAUUCCAAAAGUAUAAAUCCAACUAAUAUCUACAAAGUUGAAUCAACAAACUCAUUGGAAGAUUUCAAUGGAUUUUAUUUAAAUGAAAAAUUAAAACCAUUUCUAAGAUAUUUCACUGGUAUACAAGGGAAACAUUUUAUGGAGAAUUUGUAUAAAGAAGAAUUAAUUAAACAUGAAAUUAAAUAUUUACUUGAUUUACGAGCUAAAGGAAAAACACAAUUAAUGGGUAUAAAAAUCAAAUUCCCACCAUUGAAAAGUUCCAUAUAUCAUCAACAUCAUAUACAACGACAACAAAAUAUCUCUGGUCAAAGUACCGAGCAACAAACACGUCAGUUACAUCACAACGUGAAGAAGAGACGUAAACAUCUAAAUACACCUUGGUAUAUGAAAAUGCAGCGUAAAGUUAAACAAUGUAAAUAAACGUUUUAUAAAAUGAAGAUGAUAAUCAUUCUCUCUCUCAUACAACUUUUAUUGAGUAACUAUAACUAACUUUAUGUAUAUUUAUUAUGUAGAACCCAGAAGAGAUUCAAUAUUCAAUUUUUAUCUCAAUUCUAUGUCUAGUUGUAUACAAGAUUCAAUUUAUCUUUCUUCUUGCAUUUACUACUACAAUAUUAUAAUUCUGAUUAUCAUUAUUUUCUAUUUUGGGUUAUUUAAAGGCUAAAAAAAGAAAGACAAUGUAUUUUAUUCUUAUUGUACUGUUAUUAUUACUAUUAUUCCUAUCAAAAUAUGUAUUGUUUAUCUUUUGCAGUAAAACUUACUUACCAA